AUGAGCACGGUAAGGCAUCAAGUAGCAUUGGAUUAUACAAUUGUGGCAUUUUAUUCAUUUAUAGCAUUGAUUCCACUUAGUGUUCUUGUUGCAAAAAAAGAUGAUUUCACCAAUUCGUGUGAACUUAAACCUGAUUAUGAUGUGGAUUGUAGAACCCUGCUUUAUUUUGCAGUGGUAGUUAAAACCUACAUGUUAAAGAGAUUCCGAAAAAGAGACAAUGGAGGAAACCGAAAAAGAAUCAAGUAUGGAAACAUCGAAUAA